GGUUAGCUGCUGCUCCGGGCCAAGUUGACUGUUAGAGGCGGGACCGGCCGCCCGGAGCAGCCCGGGGCAGGAGUCAGAAUUGUCUGGAUUCAGCUCUGGGAUUCCAACCAUGGGUUUGUCUGCCUCUACCCCUGCUGUUGCGGUUCAGACCGCAAAUGCUUCAGAUCAUCAGACAGCAUCUCCACCUUCAGGAUGUCCAGUGCAUGAAGGGAAAAUGAAAGGCUGUCCAGUGAGUGCAGAGCCAUCUGACCCAAGCCGUGAGAGCAAAACUAACUCUGUGCCUGCCCACCAAGACCGCGCCUACGAGUACGUGCGGUGUCUCACCGGUGCUGUGGCUGAGAAUAAGGAGAACCUAGAUCCUUCUAAUCUGAUGCCACCACCUAAUCAGGCACCAGCCCCUGAUCAGCCAUUUCCACUAUCUACUGUGAGAGAGGAGUCGUCCAUUCCAAGAGCAGAUUCAGAGAAAAAGUGGGUUUAUCCUUCUGAACAGAUGUUCUGGAAUGCGAUGUUAAAGAAAGGGUGGAAGUGGAAGGAAGAGGAUAUUAGUCAGAAAGAUAUGUAUAAUAUCAUUAGAAUUCACAAUCAGAAUAAUGAGCAGGCUUGGAAGGAGAUUUUGAAGUGGGAAGACCUUCAUGCUGCGGAGUGUCCUUGUGGUCCCUCACUGAUCCGAUUCGGAGGUAAAGCAAAAGAGUAUUCACCGAGGGCAAGAAUUCGCUCCUGGAUGGGGUAUGAGUUGCCUUUCGACAGGCACGAUUGGAUCGUCAACCGUUGCGGGACAGAAGUCAGAUAUGUUAUCGACUACUACGAUGGCGGCGAAGUCAACCGGGACUACCAGUUCACCAUCCUGGACGUCCGGCCCGCUUUGGAUUCACUUUCAGCGGUAUGGGACAGAAUGAAGGUUGCCUGGUGGCGCUGGAAUUCGUAAUUACUGCUUUGUUGG